AUGAUGAGUCGGUCAUUCUGGGAUGCGUUCUUUCUCAUUACUGGUGAGUUCUAUGAAAACAAACAACACAUUUGGUAAAAUAUUUGGAAGACUACAAGGGAAACGGCAGAAAGUGGGAAUGAGUGUAAAAUGUUGUAUGAAGGGGGGAUUUUAGUGAAUUUGAAUGUGCUAUACCUUAAGGGAAAAUGUAAUUAUGUCCUAAUAGGCUUUGCUUCUGUGAACCUUUUUCCCUUACAAAUAAAAUUCCUUACAAAUUAUGUCUCAACCAGGGGACCCCUGGGGGCCUCAGUGAGUGUAAGGGAUCCCUGAAAAAGCAGGGAAAAACUAACAUUUGCUUUACAAAAUAUAAUCAGUAACCUCCAUUUCCCCAAUUGAUGACAUUUUAAGGAAGAAGGUUGUUUUAGUGAGCAUCAGAAAGGAGAAAGUUGAGAACCCCAGGCCUAUAGGAUAGCCUAGCCUAGAUUUACACGGAUAGUCUGGUUUCCAGUUUUGGUUGUAUAUGACUCCAAUUUGUGAAUUAUAACCAUUGUCAGGCUCAGUGACAUUUCACCUUUUCUAUGAGAAACAAAGAUGGUAGACCUAAAGAUGGUAGACCUACCAAUGAGCCACCAUUGAUUUAUGUAGCGUGCGUAUGCUGGCAGUGCAGACCUAUUCAUAGGUUUCUAAUGGCCUCAUCCUUUUAGCAGGGAAUACUUGACCCUGUUACUGUUAUUGGCUGGUCAGUCACUCUGGCUAACCCUUGAUCAUGACUCACAGGUCAUUACAUUAUGCAUAAGUCAUUGGUCUUCUGUAUAGGGGAGUUUUGUUAAGAGCCCCGACGCUGAAUCUAAACAUUAAGACGCGUUGCUUGCAGUAAGGUUUUGGAAGCAUAAGGACCUUUUUCUUUAAUAUCAGUGAGAAAUAAUUUCCCAAAAACUAAAGGUUAAAUUGAUACACACCUUGAUUGGAUUAGGUUUAGUGUUCCCACACGGCCAUGUCUUCAUGUUACAGCGCUUGUUUACGGAAGACAAGCGGCAACCACCUGUGCUAUCUAACAUGCGCCAAACACCUGUGUAAGCCUCACUUGGGAAGUGUAAUUUGUCGGAUUGAGGCACUCAUAGCUGUAUAAAUGUGCAAAACUGCUACAGUAAGUGUAUAUUUUUAAUUUGAAGGAUUCUUUCUCGCUGCUGAAAGAUAAGGGUCAUAUGUUGCAGGGUUUCCCAAACUGAGUUUGGGAAACCCUGCCCUACAUAGUGCACUUCUUUUGACAAGGGCUCAUAGGGCUCUGGGUAAAUCCAUUUGAAUUAAAAUGCUGUUUGACAGCAUCCCCUUUGAUCUAAACACAACUUUACAUACAUGUUUUCCCAUGGAAGAAGUCGUCAGAAAGUUACUUUUUGGACCUGAAUGCCAAAACAUUCAAGAGAGAAAGGUGCAUGCCCCACCAUACCAUGAGACAUGUCUUCAUCACUGGAAAAGAUAAACGAUUGAGUUUGAUAGCUUACAAAAGCUUACAUUUAAAAGCUUACUAAUAACAGUGUUGUCAAACUAUUUUAUUAUUUAAUGAAGAAAAAAAACGUUUCUCAUAUGUUGCAGUUUAGACCCUAUUUCACAACAUCUGAGGUUUUUGUGUUGUGCCCGCCAUGGGUUGAGAGACAACAUGCUCUUGAAUACAGGGUGGGUGUCAUUUCAAUCAUAGAAAUAGAUUUCCCUUAAGACCACUGCAAUUUAGCUGGUACACCAUUUACAUUUAUAUUGAAUUGAAAUUGUAACUUCUAAUUACUACCACAAAGAUGACCGCCGGUUCACCCACCAUCGAAUGUCAACUUAAAUCGUCAUGUCUAUUCUAUUAUCUAUAUUUCUAUGGUUUCAAUAGGUUUUACAUUUACAUUUUAGUCAUUUAGCAGACGCUCUUAUCCAGAGCGACUUACAGUUAGUGAGUGCAUACAUUAUUUUUCAUACUGGCCCCCCGUGGGAAUCCCCCGUUUUCUAUGGAGGAUUGACAGUUUAAUUUAGAACAACAGAUAUUCCCACUCAAGUCAACAUUUUCUGAUGUGUGGACCUCCAAACAUCUUUGUGGUACCAUUUGAAAGUUGACAUUUCAAUUAUUUUCCCAUUUGAAUAGAUUUGUCAGCCAAAACAUGACACUGACCCUGUAUUCAAUAGUAUUUUGUGUCUCAACCGAUAGCCGGCACAACACAAAAACCUUAGAUUAUGUAAAAUAGGGUCUAAGCUACAACAUAUGCGAAUAUGAAAAACAUCUGAGUUUAGGCGUUUUUAGAUCAUUUACUUUUGAAGGUAAAAAAAAGUUCAACUGUUGUUAAAAAAAUAAAUACCCUGAAAUUAUCAAAUAGUUUGACAACCCUGUUUGUAAGCUUUUAAAUGACAUCAAUCUCAACCGUUUAUAUUUUCCAGUGAUGAAGACAUGGAUGUCUCAUGGUAUGGUGGGGUAUGCAAAAUGGGUCAACUUUGAGCACCUUUAUCUCUUGAAUGUUUUUGCAUUCAAGUCUGAAAAGUCACUUUCUGAGCACUUCUACAAUGUGCAGAUAUGUAUGGAAGGUUUCGUUUAAAUCAAAAGGGGUGCUGUCAAAAAGUGACUAAAUUCAAAUUAAUUUACCGUCAAAGUAGUGCACUAUGUAGGGAAUAGGGUGCCAUUGGGGACGCACAUUGCCUUGACACAGCAUUCAUCCACCGUCUCUCUUUCUGGGCUUUGUACCUUGUCAUGCUGACAGUGUCCUUAGUAACAUCAGUGAUGUCCCCCAUUAACUGACUGAUGAAAUACUCAACGGUUCUCUUCUCCAUAAUCACCAACUGACACUGAUGAACCUAUGUGUUAUAUGAGCCGUGUGUUUUCAACCAUCAUUUGAAUUGAGCCGGAGAAUGAAGUGCUAAUUUGAUACUCAGCACUUUCAUUGUCUGAUAUCUCCACAUCACUAAAUGACAACCUCGUCUCUCAUUGGGUGCCUUGCAGAAUUCUAAUUGUGUGAUCUCUCGCCGGGAUCUGUCUAUAUUAAGACUAUCCCAGCUUAGUCCCAUUACAGACCCAUUGUAGUGUGUCCAUCCUUUCAUCCUAUUGUCACUCUUGAAAUACGCAACACAAGCUGGUAAGAGGAAAUCCAAACAUAAUGACAAAUGGGAAAGUUGUGUGAGAUUUAUGAGUGCAGCACACGCCUCAGGAUUCAACCCUCAAGGAGCCCAAUGCAACAGAAAAGGGGGAAGUAGCUAAUUAAGGUCAAGAACUAGAAAUAAAGAUAAUAUAACACAAUUUAAGUGCAAUGUUAUGUUAAGAUCUCCUGGCAAGAGGAAAAAGCCCUCGCACAGAAGAGUCAGGUGGACACCCUAUGCUCCCGAGGGGGCCAAGAGGGUUUAACGCAAGUAAGUCUGAUUUGUUAACAUAUAGUGGUUUGGCAACGGAAAACACAAAUCUGUGUUCUUAGGUAGUACCUUCAUUUCAGUCAGCUUCUCUCUACUGAAUAGGAUGGGUUGAUCAGUGGGGACAAUUAAUGUCACCUUGCUCUGCUGGGAUCCAUGAGUUGGGAGAUGAGUUCUAUUUUAAGAGCAACAAGUCAUUUGGAGACAGCCUGUUUCAACUGUCACUUUGGAUGAGAGUUGCUAAGUGACAAAAAAUGUAACUAUUAUAAGUGACUUCAUAAAUCCUAGUGCAGUGGUUUCCAAACUGUGGGGUUGCUCCCCCCCCAGGGGUCGGCGCGGGGUACCCCCCAAAAUUAAAUAAAUAUACUCAACAAAAAUAGAAAUGCAACAUGUAAAGUGUUGGUCCCAUGUUUCAUGAGCUGAAAUAAAAAAUUCCAGACAUUUUCCAUAUGCACAAAAAGCUUAUUUCUCUCAGAUUUUGGGCACACAUUUGUUUACAUCCCUGUUAGUGAGCAUUUCUCCUUUGCCAAGAUAAUCCAUCCACCUAACAGGUGUGGCAUAUCCAGAAGCUGAUUAAACAGCAUGAACAUUAUACAGGUGCACCUUGUAAAAUGCCACUCUAAAAUGUGCAGUUUUGUCACACAACACAAUGCCACAGAUGUAUCAAGUUUUGAGGGAGUGUGCAAUUGGCAUGCUGACUGCAGGAAUGUCCACCAGAACUGUUGCCAGAGAAUUUAAUGUUCAUUUCGCUACCAUAAGAAUUUGGCAGUACGUCCAACCGGCCUCACAACCGCAAACCACGUGUAACCAUGCCAGCCCAGGACCUCCAAAUCUGUCUCCUUCACCUGCGCGAUCGUCUGAAACCAACCACCCGGACAGCUGAUGAAACUGUGGGUUUGCACAACUGAAGGCUUUCUGCACAAACUGUCAGAAACCGUCUCAGGGAAGCUCAAAUGCGUGCUCGUCGUCCUCACCAGGGCCUUGACCUGACUGCAGUUCAGCGUCGUAACCGACUUCAGUGGGCAAAUCUCACCUUCGAUGGCCACUGGCACACUGGAGAAGUGUGCUCUUCACAGGUAAAUCUCAGUUUCAACUGUAUCGGGCAGAUUGCAGACAGCGUGUAUGGCGUCGUGUGAGCGAGUGGUUUGCUGAUGUCAACGUUGUGAACAGAGUGGGGUUAUGGUAUGGGCAUGCAUAAGCUACGGACAAUGAACACAAUUGCAUUUUAUCGAUGGCAAUUUGAUUGCACAAAGAUACCGUGACGAGAUCCUGAGGCCCAUUGUCGUGCCAUUCAUCCGCUGCCAUCACCUCAUGUUUCAACAUAAUGCACGGCUCCAUGUUGCAAGGAUCUGUACACAAUUACUGGAAGCUGAAAAUGUCCCAAUUCUUCCAUGGCCUGCAUACUCACCAGACAUGUCACCCAUUGAGCAUGUUUGGGGGGAUGCUCUGAUCGACGUGUACGACAGCGUGUUCCAGUUCCCGCCAAUAUCUAGCAACUUCGCACAGCCAUUGAAGAGGAGUGGGACAACAUUCCAUAGGCCACAAUUAACAGCCUGAUCAACUCUGUGUGAAGGAGAUGUGUCGUGAGGCAAAUGGUGGUCACACCAGAUACUGACUCGUUUUCUGAUCCACACCCCUACCUUUUUUUAAAGGUAUCUGUGACCAACAGAUGCAUAUCUGUAUUCCCAGUCAUGUGAAAUCCAUAGAUUAGGGCCUAAUUUAUUUAUUUAAAUUGACUGAUUUCAACUGUAACUCUAAAUUGUUGCGUUUUUAUAUUUUUGUUCAGUGUAUAUUUUUUGUAAGGAACUCAGUCUGGCUUUCAACUUACUCUUGAAAGUUGUAAUAGUAGAAUGCACAAGGUGCAAUUUCGAAAUUGGGUAGUGCAUCAUCAGUUGUCCUCUUGUCAUGUUAGUCAUUGCAUACCUUAUAGAGCUAUUUAUAACUUAUCAGAAAUGUCCAGAUCACUUAGCCUAUGUCAGCUAAAGUUUUUUUAGCUAGGUUUUUUUGCCCAUAGAUUUUUUUAUGUUUGAGUUACUCAAAUAUAACAUGAAUAUACAUUAGACCAGUGGAGGCUGAUGAGGGGAGGACAGCUCAUAAUAAUGGCUGGAAAGGAGAAAAUGGAAUGGCAUCACACACAUGGAUGUUCCCCAAUACAAUACUGGAAGUGGGGCCUGAGUGAAAAACCCCAGGCCUAGUGGAAUCUUCUUCAAUGUCCCAACAGUUUCUUUAUCUGAUCAUGAUUGAAAUCAGUACCGAUUUGUAUACUUAAACAUUUCAUCUGUUUCUUUCAACAGGGUCCCUCUUUACCUAUGGAACUGGACAGGAUAAUUCUACUAUUGCUACUAAUUCUACUAUGACCCCCACCCCUCCUGUGACUACUACCACUGUAAACAUUAUGACCUCUUCUACCACUACCAGCACCAUUACUACGACCAACCUUCCAGUUAAAAGUAAGCGUUUGUGUGUGUGUGUGUGUGUGUGUGUGUGUGUGUGUGUGUCUGUCUGUCUUCAGGUGACUGACAGUCUAAAUAUGAAUACCUCUAUAAAACCUCUACAGGGUGCUCCAGAGAAUCUUUCACCUCUUCAGACUCAUUGACUGGUGCCAAUGUUAAUUCACGGGUUCUCUAGUGAAGUCAGAUGGCAACUGAAAAUGCCUUACAAAAGUGGACACAUACAGACACUGUGCUGCACAUGAAUGAAUUGGUUUAAUUUUUUCAUAAAUCUAGUCCUCUCAGUUUGGAUAGAAAGUAGCCAGUGUAGCAGACGUCAAACAACGAUAAAAGAAAAAUCCUGUAGCUUAAUUCCCAGGAUACCAACUAUUACAUUUCAGUCAUUAUCUGUGAAUCACCAUAAAAUCCAGAAAUGCCCUAAUGGCAUUUGACCAUAGGGUGCAAUUUGGGACGCUGCCAGAGGGGCUGAGGGGUAGCUGGUGCAGAUACCUCAGCGAGAACAGAGAGCUUUAUACAGGCUCUGAAAGAGAGAGAGGAGAAGGGACAAUGCAUGUAGGCUGGAAUCCAACCGGCCAUUACCAAUAGAAUGGUGUGUGUGACGGUCGGCUGUAAUGCAGCCGUCUAUCUGUCUGUUCAUCCUCCCUCUCUCUCCCUUUCUCACUCCCUCUUUCUCUGAAUGCCACAUUGUGGCAUCUGUUUUGGCUGCCCGAGUAAAGAUACUCAAACUUUUGUUUGGGCCAGUCCAGUUGGAAUUUGGAACUCUGAUUGUAUAGUUGAUGAGUAAGAAACUCGUCCAGACUCUGUAAUUUGGUUACCGUGUUCUUCCUGAGUCUUGACCCCUUCAGCUCGACCCAAUGUUAAUUUAUUUGAGGAGAUUCAUUUUGUUAAUCUAGCAUAGUUCGUUCCAUAAUAAAUCACGUUUGAUUGGAUGUAAAGGAAAGAGACAGAGAGGAGAGGGAUAGGGGCUGUGUCUGAAAAGGUUACUAGCCGUCAAAUCCUGGCCUCCUUCAUCCUUAUUUCCUGAAUUCCUCUCAAAGCUCAAUGGAGGAGAGGUCUGAAGAAGGGACCUUUUGAUCUUCUCCUCAAAUGCACUUUGAGAGUAAUUCAGAAAUCAUGGAGGAAGCAAGGAUUUGACGGCUAUCCUUUCAGACAAAGCCAUGGAAUGAAAGGGUGAGGAUUUUACUCCCUGGCUUCAGGGAUGUGCUUUUCUCUGGACCUCUAAUGGGUUUGAUGAUGGACAGACUUGUUGUUUGCUGUGUCAAGGCACUGGGGAUUUGAUUGGGGUUUAACUUGUCCCUAUGCAUGCGACACAUCUUAAUGCAUGGCUGUCCCUCGGAGGGUCUUGUCCCUGACAUAAGCCAUGACAAAACCCCAGUCACUCAGAGGUAACAAAAGAUGUACAGUGCCUUCAGAAAGUAUUCAUACCACUUGACUUAUUCCACAUUUCGUUGUGUUACAGCCUGAAUUCAAAAUGGAUUAAAUAAAUGUUUUUCUCAUCCAUCUACACACAUUACCCCAUAAUGACAAAGUGAAAACAUGUCUUUAGAAAAUGUUGCUAAUUUAUUGAAAAUGAAAUACCAAUAUCUCUACAUAAGCAUUCACACCCCUGAGUCAAUACUUAUUACAAUCACCUUUGGCAGAGUUAUUUUUAUUUUUUACAAAUCAAUACUUGGAGUCAAAGUAUCAAUAUAAUAUAAUCCAAAAUAAUAUUGUGAUAUGUAUCUGUAUCGAUUUUUUCCCCAUCACUAGACAGUACCGAAUAUGAAGGUAAACAAAACAAUGUAAUUAAAUGGAAUGGUAAUGUAGGCUAUACCAACUGAAGGGAACUAACAGUAAAUUGGCAGUUGAAUAUGUGUUGUUAUUAGGCCUACUGACAGUCGAUACUGAUAGUUGCUAAUAUUUAACAUAAUAGAAAUAGGAAACAUAAAAAGUUGGUGUAGCCUAUAAUUAAGACAUUCGAGAGUGCUGAUCCCUGCAAGUUAAAAGGCCGUACAAUUUAAAUUCUGCAUAACGGCACAGCAUUUCAUAAACUUUACUGUGGCAAAGUUGGCAUGUUGAUAUGCUUCAGUUUGCUGCCAAGUGACUGGUUUCACAUUUGUCUCCAGCGAUUAUAAGGUAAAAUAUAACUAAAACAAGUGUCAUUUAUAUUUACAAUUCCCUUAUCCAAAUGGAUUAUUAAUUUAUCUAGCUCUUAUUAUUUUGUAAAUUACAGUGCAUGGAGAAUGGUGUUAUUUCUAUCGGAAAAAAUUAAGUAGAUGUUAUUUUCCCACUUGGAACCGGUAGGUUCGCUAGACCUUAUUCAUGGUUUCCUCGCGCGUAAAGGUGAUAGAAUUAUUCGGGAAUUAAGUCAAGGUCAGAAUACGGCAUAUCUGUAGACACACCUCAGCCACACCUUCAUUUAUUUGAUCUCCACCCAAAAUGAAUAGCAGGUGAAUAGCAUACAAUUCUCAUGCUUAAGUUCAAGGUCAGAAUACGCAUAGAGAGAAAAGUGCAUAAAAGGGAAUUGUUCCAUUUAUGCUGCAUGAGGGAAGCAAAAAACUUGAUACCAGUCGGCAUAGCGGGACAAGAAAGCAAGAAAGAUGGUGACAGCAAAAGCAAGACAGCGCCACACAGUAUGUGUUGCUAUGGUGAUUUCAGUAAACAAAUAGUGCAAAUCAACAUCCAGUAGAAAACAACUCUAUGGCAGAUAGAACAAGUGGAAAUAUUUUAACUCUGGCGCCAAGUCCCAUCUACCGUGGUGGCUGACUGCAUUCACCACCAACCUCAACGAUAAUUACCAACAUUUACCAUCUUGCUCUCAUUGAAAACAAUGCCGUCUACCUCGUACCAUCUAAACGCAGCAUUACGCACACCUAACUCGGGUCGCAAUCGGUGCCUAUGAGCUAUCCACACCUGGAUUGUGCAACAUUUGCCCAAUCUUAUUUUCAAAAUUCUUCAAGCUCUGUCAAAUUGGUUGAUCAAUUCUAGACUACCAUUUUCAAGUGUUGCCAUAGAUUUUCAAGCAGAUUUAAGUCAAAACUGUAACUCGGCCACUCAUGAACCUUCAGUGUCUUCUUGGUAAUCAACUCCAGUGUAGAUUUGGCCUUGUUUUAGGGUAUUGUCCUGCUGAAAGGUAAAUUAAUCUCUGUCUCUGGUGGAAAGCAGACUGAACCAGGUUUUCCUCUAGGAUUUUGCCUGUGCUUAGCUCUAUUCCGUUUCUUUUUUAUCCUGACAAACUCCCCAGUCCUUAACGAUUACAAGUAUACCCACAACAUGAUGCAGCCACCACAAUGCUUGAAAAUAUGGAGAAUGGUACUCAGUAAUGUGUUGUAUUGGAUUUGCCCCAAACAUACAUUUUUGUCCUGAAUACAAAUUGUUAAUUGCUUUACCAAAUUUAAAAAAAUAACUUUAGUGCCUUGUUGCAAACAAGAUGUGUGUUUUGGAAUAUUUGUAUUCUGUACUUCCUUCUUUUCACUCCGUCAUUGAGGUUAGUAUUGUGGAGUAACUACAAUGUUGUUGAUCCAUCCUCAGUUUUCUCCUAUCACAGCCGUUAAACUCUGUAACUGUUUUAAAGUCACCAUUGGCCUCAUGGUGAAAUCCCUGAGCGGUUUCCUUCCUCUCCGGCAACUUGAGCUAGGAAGGACACCUGUAUCUUUGUAGUAACUGAGUGUAUUGAUACACCAUCCAAAGUGUAAUUAACAACUUCACUAUGCUCAAAGGGAUAUUCAAUGUCUGCUUUUAAUUUUAAAUUUUAACCUAUCUACCAAUAGGUGAUGUAUGCGUGGGGUACAGGGAUGAGGUAGUCAUUCAAAAAUCAUGUUAAACACUAUUAUUGCACACACAGUGAGUCCAUGCAACUUAUGUGACUUGGUAAGCACAUUUUUACUCCUGAACCUAUUUAGGCUUGCCAUAACAAAGGGGUUGAAUACUUACUGACUCAAGCUUUUCAUUUUAAAUUAUAAAAAUGUCUAAAACAUAAUUCAAUUUUGACAGUAUGGGUUAUUGUGUGUAGGCCAGUGACAAAACAUCUCAAUUGAAACCAUUUUAAAUUCAGGCUGUAACACAACAAAAUAUGGAAAAAGUCAAGGGUGUGAAUACUUUCUGAAGGCACUGUAAGUCUCCACUGCCUCAGAGGCUAUUUUAUAUCUAUGACACUGACCUAUGACGACCCUGACCUAUGACGACACUGACCUAUGACACUGACCUAUGGAGUUUCGGUAAACUGUAGGCCAGGUUAUGAGCUCCCUUACUGUAUAUUCCUACAAGGAGAGAAUGUUUUGGACUUUCAACCAGGGCCUUCAAAAAUGUCCUUAUGUAUCUCCUAUCUCUGACUCAGAGUUUGUGGCAGCAGCUGUUCGAUCACACUUCGAUGACUGUCCUGACUCGCAUAGCCACUUCUGUUUCCAUGGCACCUGUCGUUUCCUGAUUCUGGAGGAGACGCCUGCAUGUGUGUAAGUUGAACUUCCUGUCCUGUGGUUCAAAAAAUGCAAGGAUCUCUCUCUCUCUCUCUCUCUCUCUCUCUCUCUCUCUCUCUCUCUCUCUCAUCCCACAGUUGUCAUUAUUUCAAUAUCAGGUGAAUCAUUGUCACUCUGUCUGUAUGGGAAAUUGUUGUUCGAACAGUCACAAAAUAGCAUAUGUCCUAAUUAUUUUAUUUUGAGUGGUCCAUCACCAGUUAUUAGGAGUUAUCGAGAGUUUGUUGGGUAACCCAACCAGUUUUAGUGUCUGUGACUGACGGUUGAACAGCUUUUUCAUGCUCUGUCGCAGCUGGCCGUGACCGGGAGACCCAUGGGGCGGCGCACAAUUGGCCCAGCGUCGUCCAGGGUAGGGGAGGGAAUGGCCGGCAGGGAUGUAGCUCAGUUGAUAGAGCAUGGGUCAGGGUUGUGGGUUGUGGGUUCGAUUCCCACGGGGGGCCAGUAUAUAAAAAAAAAAAAAAUGUAUUCACUAACUGUAAGUCGCUCUGGAUAAGAGCGUCUGCUAAAUGACUAAAAUGUAAAUGUAAAUGUAAUAUGUGUUUAGGAUCUGUUCUGCCAGUGCUCUGUUUGUACACUGAUUCGCUGCAGUUCGUAGAGCUGGUCUAAGCAUAAUGCAAAUUACAUUGGCUUAUGGAAUUAGAGAGCGGCAGUUCACUUCUCUCUGACUAAGCAGAGUAGAGAACUCCCUCCAGGAUUAGGGUCUUUGACCUAAACCCUUUACUAAAGAGCUCUUUAGUAGCGAAUCCUUUAGACCCUUUUUUGGCAUGUUCAUAAAACGAAGGGUAUUGUGUGGGUAUUUAACUGAUGCAGAAUAGUUUUGCAGACUGAGAACUUCACUACUACCAAGUCUGAUGCCCUUUCUCCUCUCCAUGGUGGACAGGUGUCACCAAGGCUUCGUAGGGAUGCGAUGUGAGCAUGCCGACCUUCUAGCCGUGGUGGCCACCAAUCACAGACAACAGACAGUUGCCACAGCGCUAGUGCUGUGUGUGAUUGGCUGUGUCUUGACGAUGCUGCUCUGUACACUUUUACAGUAAGUACAUAAUGUUAUAUCGUGAUUUUGGUCAAUUGGAAGAACACAAGUGAACAGAAAUGUCACCAUGACACUGCCCAUUCAAUGAACCUACAUACUUGAUUGUGUAGACAUCUGCGUCAUCACAUAGUUGAUUAACCAAUCCUACUGCACAUGCUACCAUGAGUUUGUUCAUAAAGUAAGAUUAAACCCUACACUUCUACUGAUAGUCUUUAUAAGGUUAAUGAAUGUGUUGACCUGAAAUCAUCUGUAAUUGAAAAAUGUCCUCUCUCCCAGUUGCUGGUGGAGGCGGGACGGUUUUGGGCGGAGGCACGGACUCCACUGUGCCCCAGAGAAACAAGGCAGUAUGCUGAAGGGCCGAGGUUCCUGCUGUCACUCUGAAAGUGGUACAGACUUUCUUUUAACUUUUGCCUAGUUUGCCUUUUGUCUAUGUUUCACAUUUCCAACUAUCAUCAAGUUUGAAAAUUGGAAACUACAGGGGUGUAUUCAUUACAUCUUGCAACGGAAACCAAACGGAAGCAAGCGGAAUGAAAUGGGAGGGACCUACUUGAAUUUAUCCAAUAGAAACUCUGGUUUUCAUUGCAAAAUAUUUUCUGUUUGGAGAUAACUGUUUUACUGUUGUAAAACAUUUUGCAACAGAAACGUUAUAAAGAAUACACCCCAGGGGUUCUAAUUAUGAUAAUCGGUAAGGGGUAUUUUUGUAAUCGACUGGAGAGGGUAGCUAUGAGCCCUAAAGGGAGGUUUAAUGGCCUACUGUGUCCUAUCUGCUGAAGCCUCCUGAAGCUUUUCGCUGUGCAUAUAGGACCCAUCUGGUUAUUAGAGGCUCAUGCUGUCAGACCUAAUGUAUGGGAACCAUUGAGGUGUUGCUGACACUUGUAGCUAAUUGAUGUUUCGUGUCCUUAACAUCCAUUGACACGCAGAUCUCACUUACACAGGGUUAUGAGAACACUACACUGAGAUCAUAAAGACAGCUAAAUACAGUCUUGACCAUAUCAGAACAGGAUUCUCUAUAGAUCUAUUAGUUACAGUGAAUCUUUUCAAAGAUAUGCUGACUACUGUACUCGACCUCACCCUAUAUGAACUUUGAAUGUUCUUGACUCGUGUUUUUUGUGAAGUACACACUAAUAACAUUAUCACACCCAGACUGCAAUGUCAAUCAAAUGAUAAAUGACUUUCCUCGAGAGAUACUGUAGUUAGAUGCUUGAAAGACUCAGUAAAUACAGUGUUCUCUCUUAACCAGCAGUGGCAUGCUAUGGGUCUAUCCGAUGCUUAUGCAAACCCAGG